GCAGACUGGUGUUGGUUGGAUUUCUGUAAAAAGCCCAUGUUCAGAUGAUGAUUCGUAUGAACCAGAUGUCAUAGGACUACAGGAAGAGUGGGAACUUUUACAACAGUCUGGUCGUCCAAUCAACUACCAUACAAUAUCUGACUUGGCCAAGGCACAUCAUGUUACUUAUGGUAAAUGGUUGAUACACCUCGACUCAGGCUUUAAAGCAGACCAUGCCUGGGAUGCUAUUGCCACGGCAACAGCAAAAGCACAUUUAGGAAAAAGUACCAAGAUAAGCGCUUAUGAUCCAACCAUUUACAAUUACAGACAUGUGAUCUGUGUGUACAAUGCUGACUUCACAGAUAAACAACAGGUCUAUGAUCUUGAGAAUAAAAUUCGUGCUGUGGGCAUCAAAUGUCAGAUGAGCUACAAACCUGAUGCCUAUUCAUACCUUGGUAUUUAUAGGAGAAACAAGUGGGGAUUGAGACCUACUAUAUAUAAUAGUAACUAUGUACUACAUCAGGGUUCAAAUAUACAGGCACUAUAUGACUGA